CUACAAAAUGCCUCCCACACCCCCUGCUCACUUUGCGCUCCUUCUGGCUCGUUUCCCCUGUCUCUGAGGCUUUUCUGUUUCUAAGAGUAACUGUAAACCUUACAACCAUGUCUGAGUCUUCCGAAAUCCCAGAUUGUUAUUAUCAAAACCAACCUGAUUUAGUUCUCCCACGGAGCCCAACCCCAAGAGAUACUCUCUAUCUCUCCAAUCUUGAUGACCAGAAGUUUCUGAGGUUCUCCAUUAAAUAUCUUUACCUUUACAAGAAAUCAGUAAACGUAGAGACCCUGAAAUGUUCUCUGUCACGGGUUCUUGUAGAUUACUAUCCAUUAGCAGGGAGGUUAAGGAUCAGUGAAGAAGAUGAAGGAAAACUAGAGGUUGAUUGUAAUGGAGAAGGUGCUCUGUUUGCUGAAGCUUUCAUGGAUUUCACGGCUGAAGAAUUCCUAGAAGCUUCAAGGCGGCCCAACCGGUCUUGGAGGAAACUCUUGUAUAGGGUGGAUGCUCGCAACUUAUUGGAUAUCCCUCCUCUUGUGAUUCAGGUUACAAAUCUUAAAGGCGGAGGAAUGAUUCUAUGUACCGCAAUCAAUCACUGCCUAUGUGAUGGCAUCGGCACAUCUCAAUUCUUGCAAGCAUGGGCCCACCUCACAACAAAAUCCAAUGAUCCUCUCCCAAUCUCACCAUUCCACGAUCGCCACCUGUUAAGACCAAGAAGCCCUCCAAACAUCACCUUCACACACCCAGAAUACAGCGCCACCGCCGUCGCCACCACCACCGCCGGCGACGACACCGGAAUUCAAUCUCAGUGGCUGGAAGAGAUGCUCCAAUCCCAAUCACAGUCACUCGUCCCCAUAAGCUUAACCUUUAACCCCUCUCAGAUCCUCCACCUCAAGAAGCUCUGCUUCCCGUCUCUAAAAUGCACUUCCUUCGAGGCCUUGGCAUCCCACACAUGGCGAUCAUGGAUUCAGUCGCUAAACCCACCAUCAUCUCUGAAGAUCAAGCUCCUCUUCUCUGUGAAUGUGAGGAAGAAAUUGAAACCAGAGCUGCCACGGGGUUACUAUGGUAAUGGGUUCGUGUUAGGGUGUGCGGAGACGACGGUGAAGGAGUUGGUGGGGGCUAAUUACUACUCUAACAUCCACCAUGGAGUGAAAUUGGUGCAAGAAGCUAAGGCGGUUCUCACAGAAGAAUACGUGAGGUCCAUGAUCGAUUAUUUAGAAGAGAGACGAGUGAAACCAGACCUGUCUAUGAGUUUGGUGAUAUCUCAGUGGGCGAAAUUAGGGUUAGAGGAUUUGGAUUUUGGGGAAGGCAAGCCAAUCCACAUGGGUCCACUAGCUAGUGAGAUUUACUGCAUAUUUUUGCCGCUCGUCGGUGAAUUGGAUGGGAUUCGUGUGUUGGUGUCUGUACCUGAGAGUGUUGCAGAGAAAUUUGAGUAUUACAUGAAUUUCAUGAUGGGUAGAGAACAAGAGGAGGAAGAGGAAGUGACUUCCUUGCAUUGUAAUUGAUUUCAGUAUAAUGGGGUCGGGCGGUCAUUCCCUGUCCUUCCCCUUAUUGGGACAGUCCCCACAUUCUCCCCAUAAAAACCGUUUUCUUUUGAUUUCGUUGGGUUUUCUCCAUAAAUUUAUUUAGAACUUAAUACCUCA